UAUGAUAUAGUGCAUCUAAGUUUAUUGCUUUUCCAUGUUCUCCCCUUUCAUUGAUGAUUUUCCCGCGGAUUUCGGUGAUACUCGGUUAUGAAAAUUAUGGACUUAUUGGGUGAAGAUGAAGAAUGCCAAGUUCAAGGAGUUUUUAGAUCAAAAAAUAAAACGAAACAAGCAAGAUUACCUUUUCAAUCAUUAAGGACUGAUUCACCAGUUGUUAAUAAAAAAAGGAAAACUUCAGCAUCAACUGAUUGUAGAAAUGUAAAACACCCUAAAGUUAAUACUAAAGAAAAUUCAUUUGAAGUAUCAGAAAUGAUUGAAAUGGAAGAAAUAAUUAUUGAAAAAGAAGCUAUAAAUGAUAACGAAGAAAAUAAUACUAGUGAAAGUGAUGAAAUGAAAGAUUGUUCAAAAUCAAUUACAAUAACUGAAACUCAAGAUUUAAAGAAUAUGAAAUUAACACCUCAAAAAGGAAUGGAAAAAACUAAAAAACCUGAAAUUAAGGAUCAAGCAAAUUCUUUAACAAAAUUCUUUAAAAAAAUUGAUAAUAAGGAUAAAAUUAAUAAGAAGGAAUCUAUUUCUAAAAGUAAAGUAGAGGAUUCUGCAGCAAAUAGUAAUAAUAGUAAGUCAAAGGAGAGUUUAGAAAAAUUUCAAGAUUUCAAAAAUCAAAAAACAAAACAAAAUAAAAACUCUAAUGGCGUGGAAGAAACUUUAAAAAAAUCAAAUGAUAUAUGUAGAAUGAAUAAAGAUUCUAAUAGUAAAUUCAAAGAGUCCACGAUUACAAAUAAAAGUAACCCACAGUCAAAACAAAACACAAAAUCUGAUGAUGUAAAAAUUAAAAGUAAUAUUUCAAAUGUUAAAUUGCAACAAUUGCAGAUAGGAAAUGCUACAAUAAAUGAAGCAGACAAAACGAAUCUGAAUUCAGACAUUAAUUUACAUGCAAAUAAUAGUUGCGAAGAUGAUGACGAUGAUGAAGAUGGUGACGAUUCUAGCAAAUCAGAUACUGAUACCAAGAAAACAGAAUAUGAAAAUAGUGAUAGCAAAGAUGAUAAUAAAAUUACAGAAUCCGUGGAAACUAUUCCGACAAGAAAUUGUUCAGUAAAAAUCAAAAGGCUAACUCCGAAGCAAAUAAAAAAAAAACUAGAAAUUCAAAAGAAUCGUGAGAAUAGAGAAAAGCAAAAAUUUGAAAGAGAAAAGAAAUUACUAGAGGAACGAGAAAAUAAAAAAAAAGAGAAAGAGGAGAAAAGACGAGAGCGUAAAGAAAAAGAGAAAAGUUUAAAAGAACAGAAAAAAAAAGACAAAGAAUUGAGAGAGCUUAAGAAGCAAGCUGAAAUAGAACAAAAAUUAAAAGAAAAAGAAGCAAAAGAAGAAGAAAGAAAGCGGAAAGAAGACGAAAAAUUAGAAGCAGAAAGAAAAAAAUUGAAAGCAGCAUCUAAUUUUGUAAGUUUUUUUGUAGCAAAGAAACCAAUGGAAUCAAAACCAGAAGAAGAAAGUAAAAUUGAAAGAAGUAAUUUUAUGCCUUUUGAAAUAAAGGCUGAUAUGAGAGUAGCUCCUGUCAUAAGAAGAACUUUAAAUAAACAUGAAAAGAUGAAAUUAGAUGAAGUAAUUGGAAGGAGUGACAUAGAUAGAAGUAAAUUAUACAUAGAUAAAAUAAAAACUGAAAAGUUUAAUAUAAAAAAGUCUGGUAGAACGUGGCCCUUCGAAGCAAAUGAUGAUAUUAUUAUAAUAGAUGAAGAAGAAAGUUCAAACGUUAUUCAAGCAAGCAACACUGAAGUAGAAAAACACCGCGCAAAAUUCUUUUUAUUUGAAGAAAAUCGUCGACCACCCUAUUGGGGAACAUGGCGAAAAAUCAGUAGAACCAUUAAUCCUCGUAGGCCAUUUGCAAUGGAUACAGAUUGUUUCGAUUAUGAAGUAGAUUCAGAUGAUGAGUGGGAGGAGGAAGAACCAGGAGAAUCUCUUCAUGGUUCCGACGAUGAAAAAGAAAAGGAUGAAGAUAAUGCGGAAGAAAAUGAAUAUGAUGUCGAUAAUGACUUUAUGGUACCACAUGGGUACUUGUCAGAAGAAGAAAUAGGCGCUGAUGAAGAAGACGAAGAUGACAUAAAUCCAGAAAAGCAGCAAACAAAACUGAAAAUUCUUGGUGAGCAAUUUGAAGCCGAAAGAAAUAUAAAAACUAAGAAACUGAAACCUAAAGUGAUUGGAUGUAUUUGGUUAAAUAAAAAUAAUGCUUAUCCUCAAAAUACGCCGGAGCACGCUGUUCAUUUUUUGACGGUACGUCAUAUUUGGGUUAAUCAUGUUCCAUUAAUACUAACCCCUCCAGCCGAUGCAGAAAAUACAAACGACAAUGAAAACGGAACACCAUCAAACAAAACUAAUGCAGCAUCUUCUGCACGAAAGGCCAAAGCAUUAGAGGAGGCUAUGCCGGAUUUAAUACGAUUACUGCAUGGAAAUACACAUGGUCGAGGAUUCUUAGUAAAAGAGUUUCUUGAAUAUUGGGGCAAAAAAAAGGAGGGAGAAAAAUCAAUCCCAAAAGCGAAAUUACAACAGAAAUUCCGUGAGAUAGCUUCGUGGAUUGCUUGUCCAGAAGUUGGACCCAUGCAUGAAAAAGUAUGCUGGUAUGUAGGCGAAGAAUAUCGAAUAAGAUAUGUGGCUGAGGAAAAACUUGAAUUGCCAAAUCAAUGGUCGUAUUCGUUGACUCCAAGAAAAAGAAAGCUGCUUCCCGAAAUAUUGGAUAAAUCUGAUGAAAAGGAAAAGGAGAAGGAGAAGGAGAAAAAAACAGUGCCUCUCAUCACAAAUUUUACAAAAUCAUUAACUCCUAUAGAUAAACAAAAACAAUUGAUGGAAAACACGCUUACACCUAAGUCAAAAUUGAAUGAAAAGUCAACGACUUCUGCAUCUGCAUCAAAAAUCACUCCACCAGUAAAUAAACCACCUAAACGUGCCUCCCUUAUUUCUGUCCCUCGAGGAGAACCCUUUUCUAAGUCACCUCGUAUAAGUCUUAUGGACAAAUUUGUAACUAAGGAUAAUAGUGACACCAGUAAUAAUAGUAAAAGACACGAUAAGUCCCAACAGAAUCUGGACGACGAUGAUUGUUUGAUCAUGGAUAAUUCUGAUGAGCACAUGGAGAUAAUGUCGAUGUCUUCUGAACUUAAUAGCGGAAAAAUAAUAAAUAAAUCAAUAUGUAAUAUAGAAAUUGAUAAGAAUGAAAAUGGUAUUAUAGAAAACACCGAUCAUAGCGAUCGAUGAGUUAUUACAUCUAAAAAUUCUGAUUUGGAAUUGAGAGAAAUGUAAUAAUUUUUGUGGAACAUAAUAUGCAAAUAUUGUUUUUGUAUC